GAGCAAGCGAGUUGUGCAUAGGUAGGAGAGAUGGAUGGGAGCAAGUAUCGAUCAAAGGGUUACGCCAUGGCCAACGCAGGAAGGAAGCUCCCCUACGCGUUCCUGCUGCUGCUGGCCCUUGCAGCCGGCGUGCUGAGCAUCGUCGUCCUGCAAAAGGUGAGGGAGCAGCGCAUCUUUGCCGGACGUCUCCAGGAACGUGACCGGCAGCUUGUCUCCCUGCGGAUCCUCCUCCAGAAAGAGAAGGCAUUUAACAGAGAGAUGAAGAGGAAGUUGGAAGAAAUGAAAGCCACAACCACUUCACUUAGAACUCAGAAAAUAGAGCAGAAAACAAAGCUCAAGGGUCUGGAAGCCACAGUUGCAAAUCUUAAGAAGACUCAAAAAGAAAUGGAAGCAGCUCUCGCAGAGAAAGACAACCGCAUCAACCUAAUGGAAGAGGCAGCCACAAAUCUUAAGAAGGCUCGAAGAGAACUGGAGGCAACUCUCACGGAGAAAGACAGACACAUCAGACAAAUGGACGAGAAGACCACAAAUGCUACGAACACUCAAAAAGAAUUGGAAGCAGUUCUCAAGGAGAAAGACAGCCGUAUCAGGCAAAUGGAAGAGAAAGCCAUAGGUUCAAACCCUGACCAGAUGGCAGCUCUGAUGGAAAUCCUGCAGCGGAAGGAGGCUGAACUUGAAGAGAUCAAGACUAGGUUCCAAGAUUUCAAGAAAAUAGACAGAGUAGAUGUGCAUAGUAAGAGCACUCCUGUGCAAACGAACAAUACUAGCACAACACCUAACACUGUGGUAGUAAGAAAGUCUAUGAACUCAAGCAGUGUGGCUAUUCCUGUCAAAUCUGAAGAAAAGAGAUCUGGCAAUACCACAGUAGUAGAAAGUGCCAAGCCUGAAGAAAAGAGACCUACCAAUACCACAGUAAUAGAAAGUGCCAAGCUUGAAGCAAAGAGGCCUGCCAAUACCACAGUAGUAGACAGUGCCAAGCCUGCAGAAAAGAGGCCUGCCAAUACCACAGUAGUAGAAAGUGCCAAGACUGAAGAAAAGAGACCAGCUAAUACCAUAGUAGUUGAAAGUAAGAGCUCAAAAGACAGAUCUCUAGAAGAAAAGCUAGUGAAGUUCAUGGCUAAUAUGGAAGAUGAUGGCAUACAAGGAAACUUAAAUGAUUUUGAUGACGAUAUAGAUUUUGAUGAUAUUUAUGGAGAAAGUCGUUCAAAAAAAUCUGGAUCCCCUCGAAGGAACAAGAAGUUCAUGACCAACGAUCUGGACGGCAUUGGACAGUCUGGGAACUCCCUAGAUCAGGACAGUGAUAGGGUUCGAUACAAUAGACUGCUGGAGAAGGAAAAUGCUAAACUUUCCAAGGAAACCAAGAAGAACAACACUAACGGUUCCUUGGAGAAGACCUCCAAAGCUAGCUUAGAUCAUGCUGGCCAUAACUCAUCAGAAAAGGUUGUGCAAAGGAUGGCUGGUGCUGCUGAUGUGAAGCCCAGCAUUAAUAUGCCACUGAACAAUGAUGAGGCAAAACAGCAAAACAGGAAGCAGAAGAAGAAAAAGUCUAAAUCCAAAAAGAAGAAGAUGGCUGAUACUGAAGAUACUAAUGUUGGUGGAGAAGUUGCUAAACAGAGGGCGACAGAUGCAACAUCAAUCUGAAACUAAGUUUUCGGAGCCCCAAAAGGCUGAAGAGAACCUCCUGGAUAUUCAGAGACAAGAAGAGCAAUGCCUUUCUGUAUGUUGAAAUGCUAUGAAAAAAAUGAAGGCAAAUUCCAUCACAGAAAAGAUGAAGGCAGAUAGUAGCUGAGACAAUAUAGUGGUCAAUUUAUAGCUCAUAGCAGCAGAUAGCUUAUUUCUAUAAUACUAUGAAUUGGUUUUGUUCUGAGAAAACGCUAAGAGUAUAUUGUUUUCAUAUCUUAUUUUCCUAUUGACAAAAGAAAUUUUGCGUUUGGUUCUUCA